CGAGUGCUUCAUAUUGGAAGGUACGAAUGAGAAUGUAGAAUGGCGAAGUGUGAAUGAUGUACUUAAGGUUGUAUUCGAGGAAGCUGCGCGAAACAGUUGAAGGAUAAUGGAGUAGGUAUUAUGGUAACAGUAAGUGCGUGAUAGUGGAAGGUGUGGAUGAGUGCUGCCGAGACAUGUUUGGGUGAGCUGCUCAAGGUAGACAGGUGGUUUGGGUGAGCGGGUGAGGAAGAGCGAUGUACUGAUUCUGAAGACAGAAACAGGAGCUUGGCUGUUCAGUGUCCUCAAAAGUUUUGCCCACCUCGUGAGCGACAGAUUACCAAAUGAGUGAAGACAUGAUGAGGUAGAUACUGCUAACCGUAAUUGGUCCUAUGUGUUUGUUUGUUUCCCUGCACUCGGGGUUAUUCGUUGCUUUUCCCUGUCCCUCAGGUAAUGCUGGAGGAAUCUUCAACAUUGACACUGCCCUCGGCGUGAUCAGCCUCACCCGAACCCUGGCCGACGCCCAGCCCCCGGAGUACCUGCUGCUGGUGCGGGCCACGGACCACGCCGCGCAGGCCCGCGCCGCCUCGGUGCCGGUCCGGGUCAUGGUGACCGCCUCGCAGAGCUCGCCGCCCUCCUGGCAGGGCAAUAAGCCGCACGUGGAGGAGGUCGGGGAGUGGGUGGCGGUGGGCACGGCCCUGGCGCGCGUCACGGCGUCCUCACCGUCGGCCCUCCACUACUCGCUGACGGGCGGGAAUGAACACAGCGCCUUCGUCAUCAGCCCCGCCUCGGGGGUGGUCAGCGUGGCCACGCCCCUGGACUACGAAACCACCUCCUGGUACAACCUGACCAUCACGGCCACCAACCUGGCCGGGGUGUCCCGCAGCACGUGGCUGGGCGUGACGGUCCUCGACGAGAACGACUGGUGGCCGGAGUGGGAGCGAUUUUCAUACCACGGCAGCGUCCUGCAGACCGCCGGCCGCGGCGCCCCCGUGCUGGCCGCCCACGCCCACGCCUAGGCCAGCCCCAGCCAGCUCACGGUGACCGCCCGGGACCGUGACCAAGGCUACAACGGCAGAGUGACCUACACCAUCGUGGAGAAGGACAUCACAAAGUUGUUUUCAAUCAACCGACACACAGGUGAACGUUUGGGAUUGUUUAAUUAAAGGCACUCUGCUGAGUGAAUACAGGCACGCGGGGAGAUAAACGUCCCAUUCCCUCACUAAUCAACGUUCCUCCUGCAGCCAGGAACAUUACCACCCAAUUCUGGUUUAUGCUGCCUGCCACAGGAAGGGUUCAGCCACACACUGUUUCUUCCCUCACUGCCUCCAAGUGAUACUUUGUUUUUACUGUUCAUCUAAAUUUGCCGAAUAAAUGGUUCGCCCUUU